AAAGGUAUCAUCGCUAUUACUAAAAAGAUUCAAAAGAUAACUUUACAUCCUACUGCAGAAUUAUUUAAAGAACGCCUUGAAAGUUAUGUUGAAAAGCAUUCUAGAGAAUAUAUUAAAGAUAUUAGAAAAUACCGUUGGGAUUCUCAUUUUUAUUCAGAAUAUAUGACUAUCAUAAGUAACUAA